AUGCUUAGCAAUCGGCAACCGAACACGCUUCAUCUCCUAGCUGGCAGCUCGACGACAACGGCAUUAGAUGCUGCUCGCUCAUUGCUGGCAAAUGGUGCCAACGCUUGCGCCAAAGGUGAUGAAGGUUUGACACCUUUGCAUGUGGCUUGUGCUUAUGACUGUUUGGCCAUGGCACAGCUUCUAAUGCACUAUGGCGCAGAUCCACAAGCCGAAGAUGCACAUGGAAGGACACCGUUUAGUAUGGCUACAGGAAAUACGCAGAGGUAA